AAACGACCGCGGUUAAGCGUCCGUUUCUCCUGCUCUCGCCUCUCAAUAAUGAUUUCAUCCUGAGACGUGCAAGAUUACGUGAGUCACUUAUUCCUGUUGAACAUAUAUGAACCAUUGAAUCCCACGAAGAUCUGUCUUCUCCUUUUUGAUUGAUUCUGUUGAAUUCUGGUUUAUCCUUGCAAUUAUGAAGUCAUUCGUCCCGUUAAACCGAACUCUCAGCGCAAUGACCACCCCUAAAAGCCCUGUCACGACCAGGUUCGGCAGAUAUCAGAGAAACUACAGUGCCAGCCGCUCGCGCAGUGAUGGCCUCCCCGGCAUUGACUACUCAAAGCUCACCAUCACAAAGUCUGAAUCUCCCAAGCCGCUGCAGCAGAACAAGGACCUGGUAUUUGGAGCCACCUUCACCGGUAUUUCGCCCAAUUCUAGCCGAAGCUAUACCCGGCAUGAGUUAUCGAACCCAAUACUGACCAGCAUACCCUAGAUCAUAUGCUUCAGGUGAAAUGGAACACCAAAGAUGGAUGGCUUACUCCAAAAAUCAUGCCAUACCAGAAUUUGAGUCUGGCUCCGUCCGCCUCUGUCUUCCAUUAUGCGUUUGAGUGCUUUGAGGGUAUGAAGGCCUAUAAAGCGAAAGAUGGCUCUAUUCGCUUGUUCAGACCUGACAAAAACAUGGCCAGACUGAACAAGUCAACCCAGCGCAUUGCACUUCCAACCUUUGACCCCGAAAUUAUGACGAAACUCAUCGGUGACCUUGUCAAGCUGGACGGUAGAUUCAUCCCAAGCGAGCGGGGCUACUCUCUCUACCUGAGACCAACCGUUAUUGGAACGCAGGAGUCUCUCGGAGUUGCUGCUCCCGGUUCCGCUCUUCUUUUUGUAAUUGCCAGCCCUGUUGGCCCAUACUACCCCACCGGCUUCAAGGCAGUUUCUCUUGAAGCCACUGACUAUGCUGUUCGUGCAUGGCCAGGUGGUGUCGGUGACAAGAAACUCGGUGCAAACUAUGCCCCUUGCAUUGUCCCACAGAUGGAAGCUGGAACUCGUGGUUUCCAGCAGAAUCUCUGGCUCUUCGGUGAGGAAGAGUAUGUCACCGAAGUCGGUACUAUGAAUUUGUUCAUCGCCAUGAAGAACAAGGAAACUGGCAAAAGCGAGCUUUUGACCCCUCCAUUGGAUGGAACUAUCCUUGAAGGUGUGACCAGAGACUCUGUCCUGGCUUUGGCAAGGGAGAGACUUGUCCCAAGAGGCUGGGGUGUGUCUGAGCGCAAAGUCACUAUGAAGGAAAUUUCUCAGGCGGCAAAGGAUGGCAGACUCAUCGAGGUCUUCGGUGCUGGCACCGCUGCCAUUGUCAGCCCUGUCCGUGAUAUCAGCUGGAAAGGACAAAAGAUCGAGUGUGGCUUGAAGCCGAAUGAGGAGGCUGGCCAGGUCGCCCUUGAGAUGAAGAACUGGAUUGAGGAAAUCCAGUAUGGUGAGGUUGAGCACGAAUGGAGGUAACUAUAUAUUCCUGAAACUCUUCCCCAUAGGGCCUUGACGAUGAAACUAACUCAUACGAUUGUAGUGUCAAAGUGUAAAAAGCCUCCUCUAGGCUACGGCUACCAGUGCCUGUCACCUUUAAGCGGGGAAUAAGAUCCGCGGCUUAGCGUGCUUUCUUCUUUUCUCGUUCUUCCUUAUGAGCUACGGCGUAUUGCAAAUAGAUUUCCCGUCAUAUAGACAGAUGGGAUAGAUAUCUAAGUAGUUAGGCGAUUUGAUUUCUUGUUGCUUUACGGGAGGGAUAUUUCAGACUCAGUUACAGCCAGUCGGUACGGAUAGACAGUCGAUAAAAAUAGUCUAACGAAUAACACAGCAGUACGCAUACAAUGAUUUGGUCCCUGUCAGUCAAGUUUGCAAUCGCAAUAUAUUAUCCGUAGCCGGUCCCAACGGAGUUUCCGAAGCUCACACGCCUUUAAUGAGACGAAGCUCGAAGCAACAUGCCGUUCGGGGUCAGUUUUGAUGUCU